AUGUCCACUCAAAAGACCCCGAAGCAAAGUUCCGUCUUCUCCGUUAUCGAUAGCCCCUCGACCCCCUUUCCACCCUCUACCGCUGCCAGCUUCUCAGAGCGCCACCAGGAGCAUCGACACGGGGACCUUGAAUCUGCAAUAAACCGUCUAUCUGACGACCUUUCUCAACAACGAAAAGCAUUUGACAAACUAAAAAGGACAUUGGAGGAUGAUAAGGACCAUCAAUUGGCUGCAGAUCUAGACAAAGAUAGAAUGAUCAAGGCGACGGAGCACGGGCUUAAACAUUAUUACCGUGGAGAUUGGAAGGAGUAUCUUAGGGGAUAUGGAAUAUUGGACAGGAAGUGA